GGGGCCGACGCGUCGGGGACGGGACGUCGGGGCGGGGUGACGGGGGCGCGGGCGCCGGGAGCGCGCUGUCCCGCCAUGGAGCAGGAGGAGGAUGCCGGCCCGGAGGCUGGCGUCUGCGUGGGCACCGCCCUGCAAUCCUGGUGGCUGCAGUUGACGGAGCAGCAUUCACACUCUACCAUGCUGACGGGCAUGGCGAUUGGAGCCCUCUUGGCCCUGGCCCUCGUCGGCAUCACCGUCUUUUUUGUUUAUAGAAGGGUUAACCAGUUCCGACACGUACAGCCUGUCCCUCAGUACAGAUUCCGGAAGAGGGACAAAGUGAUGUUCUAUGGCCGGAAGAUCAUGAGAAAGGUGACCACACUCCCCCAUACACUUGUGGGGAACACGGCAGCAUCCCGGCAGCGGGUAAGGAAGAGGACCAAGGUGCUGUCUCUGGCUAAGAGGAUCCUGCAUUUCAAGAAGGAAUACCCCACCCUGCAGCCAAAGGAGCCCCCGCCCUCUCUGCUGGAGGCUGACCUCACGGAGUUUGACGUGAAGAAUUCUCACCUGCCCUCAGAAGUUUUGUACAUGCUGAAAAAUGUGCGGGUCCUGGGCCACUUUGAGAAGCCACUGUUCCUGGAACUUUGCCGACACAUGGUGUUUGUGCAGCUGCUCGAAGGGGAGCACGUGUUCAAGCCAGGGGAGCCAGACACAAGCAUCUAUGUGGUGCAGGAUGGACGCCUGGAAGUCUGCCUGCAGGACGCGGACGGCACCGAGGUGGUGGUCAAGGAGGUUCUGGCCGGAGACAGCGUCCACAGCCUGCUCAGCAUCCUGGACGUCAUCACCGGCCACACCGCACCGUACAAAACCGUGUCCGCCCGCGCCGCCGUCCCGUCCACCGUGCUCCGGCUUCCAGCUCUGGCUUUCCAAGGAGUCUUUGAGAAGUAUCCCGAAACCCUGGUGAGGGUGGUGCAGAUCAUCAUGGUCCGGCUGCAGAGGGUCACCUUUCUGGCGCUCCAUCACUACCUGGGCCUCACUGCUGAGCUCUUCAACCCCGAGAGCCAAGCCAUCCCCCUCGUGUCUGUGGCCAGCGUGGCUGCCGGCAAGGCCAAGAGGCAGACAGGCGGCGGCCCCGAGGAGCGACCCCAGGACUCCCGUGACCCAGCAGAGCGUGGGGGCAGCCGUGCGCUGGCCCCUGGGCCUCUGCUGAAGAGGAGCCACUCUGUCCCGCUGCCCUCCGUCCACGAAGAGAUCUCGGACGAGCUCGGCAAGGCCCAGGCCGGCAGCCAAGCCCCUUCGGCCCCACCAGGGAGCACAGCAGGUGCCACCUCAGACCUCAGCAUGGCCUGUGACCGCGCCAGGGUCCUCCUGCAGGGAGAUGAGCGCCCUGGGAGUGCCGUGACCGGCAAGUCCAAGAAGAGCGUGGUGGUUGCAGAGACGCCCUCCGCGGUCUUCCACUACUUAGAGAGCGACUUGGACGACACUGUCACCAGCAGGAAGACAGACACCAUCUUCAGAGCAGCCAAGCGGGACCUGCUCACGCUGAUGAGGCUGGACGACCCUUCGCUGUUAGAUGGCCGGGUGACUCUUCUCCAUGUCCCGGGGGGCACGGUGGUAUCGAGGCAGGGAGACCAGGACGUGAACAUCCUGUUUGUGGUGUCCGGGCUGCUGCACGUGUACCAGCGGAAGGUCGACAGCCACGAAGACAGCUGCCUGUUUGUCACGCGCCCUGGGGAGAUGGUGGGCCAGCUGGCCGUGCUCACCGGAGAACCCCUCAUCUUCACUAUCAAGGCCAACAGGGACUGCUGCUUCCUGUCCAUCUCCAAGGCGCACUUCUACGACCGGGUGCAGGUUCUGCAGCCUGGGGAGAAGAGGCCGAGCUCACAGGCUGGAAUGGCUCUGGUCUGGCUCGGCAGGAUCAUGCGGAAGCAGCCGACCGUCGUCCUGGGCGUCGCACACACGGUGGUAACACGGAUGUCGCCCUUCGUGCGGCAGAUGGAUUUUGCCCUGGACUGGAUGGAGGUGGAGGCGGGGCGCGCAGUGUACAGGCAGGGGGACAAGUCGGACUGCACCUACAUCGUCCUCAGUGGCCGGCUGCGCUCUGUGAUCCGGAAGGAUGACCUCAAAAAGCACCUGGCCGGGGAGUACGGCCGCGGAGACCUCAUCGGUGUGGUGGAGACACUCACUCAGCAGCCCCGGGCAACCACAGUGCACGCCGUUCGGGACUCGGAGCUGGCCAAGCUUCCCACGGGGGCCCUGACGUCCAUCAAGCGCCGGUACCCGCAGGUUGUGACUCGGCUGAUUCAUCUCUUGGGUGAGAAGAUCCUGGGCAGCCUCCAGCAGGGAACUGCUACAGGUCACCAGUUUGGACUACACUCUGCCGGCAGCAAGUGGGACUCGGGAAACCCUGCCAGCAACCUGUCCACGGUGGCCGUCAUGCCUGUGUCGGAGGACGUGCCCCUCACCGCCUUUGCCCUGGAGCUCAAGCAUGCCCUCAGCGCUAUCGGCCCCAUCCUGCUGUUGACCAGUGACAACAUAAAACAGCGCCUUGGCUCUGCUGCUCUGGACAGUAUCCACGAGUACCGGCUGUGCAGCUGGUUGGGGCAACAGGAGGACAUCCACCGGAUUGUGCUCUACCAGGCGGACAGCACGCUCACGCCGUGGACCCAGCGCUGCAUCCGGCAGGCCGACUGCAUCCUCAUCGUGGGUCUGGGCGAGCAGGAGCCCACAGUGGGCGAGCUGGAGCGGAUGCUGGAGAGCACUGCGGUGCGCGCCCAGAAGCAGCUGAUCCUGCUGCACCGGGAGGAGGGCCCGGCUCCGGCCCGCACGGUCGAGUGGCUCAACAUGCGCAGCUGGUGCUCCGGCCACCUGCACCUCUGCUGCCCACGCCGCGUCUUCUCCAGAAGGAGCCUGCCCAAACUGGUGGAGAUGUACGAGCGUGUCUUCCAGAGGCCUCCAGACCGGCACUCGGACUUCUCCCGCCUGGCGCGGGUGCUGACGGGCAAUGCGGUUGCCCUGGUGCUUGGGGGAGGAGGAGCGAGAGGCUGUGCCCAGGUCGGCGUCAUCCGGGCCCUGAUGGAAUGCGGCAUCCCCGUGGACAUGGUUGGAGGGACGUCCAUCGGGGCCUUCAUGGGCGCCCUGUACUCUGAGGAGCGGAACUACAGCCAGAUUCGCAUCCGGGCCAAGCAGUGGGCUGAGGACAUGACGUCCAUGCUGAGGGCUGUGCUGGACCUGACCUACCCCAUCACCUCCAUGUUCUCGGGGGCGGGCUUCAACAGCAGCGUGUACAGUGUCUUCAAGGACCGGCAGAUUGAGGACCUGUGGAUCCCCUACUUCACCAUCACCACGGACAUCUCGGCCUCCGCCAUGCGGGUCCACACAGAUGGCUCCCUGUGGAGGUACGUGCGUGCCAGCAUGUCCCUGUCCGGCUACAUGCCUCCCCUCUGCGACCCCAAAGAUGGACACCUGCUGAUGGACGGGGGCUACAUCAACAACCUCCCAGCGGAUGUGGCCAGGUCGAUGGGGGCCAAGGUGGUGAUCGCCAUUGAUGUGGGCAGCCGGGACGAGACGGACCUCACCAAUUAUGGCGACGCCCUGUCGGGGUGGUGGCUGCUCUGGAAACGCUGGAACCCUCUGGCCACGAAAGUCAAGGUGUUGAACAUGGCGGAGAUCCAGACUCGCCUGGCCUACGUGUGCUGCGUGCGGCAGCUGGAGUCCGUGCGGAGCAGCGACUACUGCGAGUACUUGCGACCGCCCAUCGACAGCUACGGCACCCUGGACUUCGGGAAGUUCACCGAGAUCUGCGACGUGGGGUACCAGCACGGACGGACAGUGUUUGACAUCUGGGGUCGAAGUGGUGUGCUGGAGAAGAUGCUGCAGGACCGACAGGGGACGAACAAGAUGAAGGCAUGCGAUGUCCUCACCUGCCCCAACGCCUCCUUCACGGACCUCGCCGAGAUUGUGUCACGCAUCGAGCCUCCCCAGGUGGCCGUGGUGGACGACGAGUCUGACUACCUGAGCGAAUGUGAGGAGGGGCUGCCAGAUGGCCCCCAAGACACCUACGCCGACUUCCAGAGCGCCCCGGCAGGCGUGGGCUCUGACUCGGAGGAAGAGCCCUCGCUCCGCCGCAGGCACCCCAGUCUGGCUUCCCCGGAACCGUCCCCAGAUCCUCGUCCCCCAGCUCUCUGACCAAGAUGGGCAGAGGUUGCUGCUCUGAUGCUCCCUGAAGCCAGCACGUCUGUUCACCUGUCCCCAAGGCUGCGGCCCCUGGGGCAGGAGACCUGGCUGGGGUGUCUCCGGCCUCUGCCCUGGCAGCUCCUGGUGGGGCACUCGGUCCUGGCAACCCUUGUACACACACACGGCCCUGGGAUGUGCCCGCCCCUGCGAGCCCCCAAGGCCUGAGAUGUUGGAGCCCCAGUGCUUCCAUUUAGUGUGGCAAUAAAGUAGAUCUGAUUGUG